AUGCUUAAUAGGGGUAUUCUAAUUGUACUUGAAGGCAUUGAUAGGAGUGGAAAAACUACACAAUCAAAAUGCCUUGUUGAUUAUCUAUCUGGAAAAGGAUUGAAAACUCAUUUGCGAAGAGUUCCAGAUCGUAGUGAACCAUUAACUGGACCAGCAAUUGAUAAAUUUCUCCAAACAGCAACAUCAGUUGAACAAAACAAAAAUACGUUACAUUUAUUAUUUUCAGCUAAUCGUUGGGCAAUAAUUGAUGAGAUUAAAAAAUUUUUGGAUGAUGGUAUUGUUGUUAUAUGUGAUCGUUAUGUUUAUUCAGGAAUAUCAUAUUCUUUGGCAAAGGGUCUUGAACGAAAAUGGGUUAUCAGUCCAGAUGUUGGAUUACCUAAACCUGAUAUUGUUUUAUUUUUUGAUAUUAAACCUGAAUCUGCAAGAACUCGUGAUGGUUAUGGCGAUGAAGUAUUUGAAAAAAAAUCUUUCCAAGAUAUUGUUUAUAAAGAGAUGAAAAAUUUAAUGUUAAAAAACAAGGAUAUUUGUAAGAUAAUUAAUGCCAAUAGACCUGUAGAUGAAAUUUCAAAAGACAUUCAAAAUAUUGUUUCUGAGAAAUUGGAUUCACCGAAUAUAAAACCUUUAAUUUACCUAACUGAAAGUGAUUUAUUGUAA